CUCGGCCUCCCAAAGUGCUGGGACUACAGGCAUGAACCACCACACCCAGCCACGUGUAUAUAUUUUCAAAUGUCUUUACAGAUAUGUGUAACUACACAUACAUCCCAAAGAAGACUUGAAGCGUUGUGUUUUUAAAAAAGUUUAAGUCUCAGAAAUGGAACCUGACAUGAUUUCACCCGGCAUUACACAAAUAUCCCUAAGUCGAUUCACAACCUGAAAAUCAAAGGGAAGUUUGAGGAAAACAGGUCAGCAUUUGAGAAAUGGAAACAAUUAAGCAAAAAAUGCUGUUCUCGCAGGCCCUGCCCCGGGGUUCGCUAACGGUCAUCUCAUAGAAGGCUCAUUACAGAUGCUGCUAACCCCCCAGGACCGGGACCCGGUAAAACUCCUACGCUGCGCUGUUAAAAAAUAUCGAUUCUCAGGCCCCGCCCCAAAAACUCGGAGCAGAGCCUGGCUGGGUCUUUUUGAAACAAGGGCCCCCACGUGAUUCUCAGGUUCGGGCAAGCUUGGGGCACAACCCUGUCUUAAGUAACUCCCCAAUUUGAAGAAAGUAAACACCCGGGGUACGUAGGUGGCUUUCUUACUCCCCGUUGGAUAUCAUUUACGCGGCGCAAGGAGGGGUCUCCCUCGGGUCUCAUCGAGGUCCCAGCCAGUCUGAGCACGAACGCUAAUUAGCUCAACCCCCCGAGGACCACGCCUCCGUCACCUGCCGGGUGGGGCCAGCGUCGAGUUGGCCCCAAAAGCCCUCCUGUGUGGUCCAAGACCCAGUGCGCCCGAGUCACGGGGCGGGAGCGGGCGCGUGCUGUAUAAAAACACACAUUCCUGGCCUCGGCCACCUGAAUCCAGAACUUUCGGAAUCAGCAUUUUUAACCGCGUCCUCCAGGAACAUGUUCUCCCUGCAGUUGGAGGGAGACACCAGAGUGUCUCCAACUCUUUUAAAAUUUAAAUUUGGGUAUGCAGCCAGGGUUGAGAGCCAGGAGUGGAGGUCGUGCUUCUCAGCUUGGAUGCACAUCAGAAAAACCUGUGUGUGUGAUGGGGGUGGUGAGGGAGGGAGACGGCUUUUAAAAAAUGUAUAUCCCAAUGCCCAGGUCCCAGCCCAGACCAAUUAAGUCCGAAUCUAAAAGCGCAGCCUGUGCAGCGCUGCAGCCACAGCCUCACCUGGGAGCUCGUUAGAAAUACAGGAGCUCAGGCCCCACCCCAGACUCACUGAGUCAGAAUCUGCAUUUUAACGAGAUCCCCAGUGACUCGUGCGCACAUUAAAGUUGGAGGAGAGCUGCGCUUCUGAAAUUUUAAUGGGCCAACGAAUCACCUGGGGAUCUCGUUAAAAUGCAGACACGGUUUCUCAAACUUUAAUGUGCAUUCGAAUCACCUGGGGAUCUUGUUAAAAUGCAGAUUCUGAUUCAGUGGGUCUGGGGUAGAGCCCGAGAGUCUGCAUUUCUAACGAGCUCCCAGGUGGCGCGGGCUACCCGGGCGCGGACCACAAGUUCACCGGAGUCCUGGGGUCUUGGCUCCAGGCCAAUCAGCCGUCAGGACUCUUGAUAAAUCGCCCUGCUCGGCUGAUGAGCAGAAUUGCCGGGACAUGCGCGUUCCAGCCGAAGGGGGGUAAUUUCCGAACUCCGGGAAUUCGUUGUGUGAAGUAGGCCACUCCUAGGGACGCGCGGGGAGCCCGGUCCUCGCGCCAUGUCGCGGCGCAAGCAGGCCAAGCCCCAGCACCUCAACUCCGAGGAGCCUUGCCCUGCGCGCCGGGAAUGUGCGGAGGUGGCCCCCCAGGUGGCGGGGGAGCCGGCUUCAGAGCUUGAUAACGAUGUUCCAAAAGCAGCCUGCCUCUCCACUGAAAGCGGUGACACUCAGAAGACCCCUGUCAUCACUCUUCCCUCAGAGGCAAGGGAGCAAAUGGCCACCCUUGGAGAGAGGACAUUCAACUGUUGCUACCCAGGUUGCCACUUCAAAACUGUGCAUGGCAUGAAAGACUUGGACCGCCAUCUCAGAAUCCAUACGGGAGACAAACCACACAAGUGUGAGUUUUGUGACAAGUGCUUCAGCCGGAAGGACAACCUGACCAUGCACAUGCGGUGCCACACCAGUGUGAAGCCACACAAGUGUCACCUGUGUGACUAUGCUGCCGUGGACAGCAGUAGCCUCAAGAAGCACCUGCGGAUCCACUCUGACGAGCGGCCAUACAAAUGCCAGCUCUGCCCCUAUGCCAGCCGCAACUCCAGCCAGCUCACCGUCCACCUGCGAUCCCACACGGGGGAUACCCCCUUCCAGUGCUGGCUCUGUAGCGCCAAGUUCAAAAUCAGCUCGGACUUGAAAAGGCACAUGAUCGUGCACUCGGGGGAGAAGCCUUUCAAAUGCGAGUUCUGCGACGUCCGCUGCACCAUGAAGGCGAAUCUCAAAUCGCACAUCCGCAUCAAGCACACCUUCAAGUGUCUGCACUGUGCCUUCCAGGGCCGGGACCGGGCUGACCUCCUGGAGCACAGCCGGCUGCACCAGGCCGACCACCCGGAGAAGUGCCCAGAGUGUAGCUACUCCUGCUCCAGCGCGGCCGCCCUGCGGGUGCACAGCAGAGUCCACUGUAAGGACCGUCCCUUCAAGUGUGACUUCUGCAGCUUCGACACGAAGCGGCCCAGCAGCCUGGCCAAGCACAUCGACAAGGUGCACAGGGACGAGGCCAAGACGGAGAACUGGGCCCCUCUGGGCAAGGAAGGGCUCAGAGAGAGCAGCUCUCAACAUGUGGCCAAGAUCGUGACGCAGAGGGCCUUCCGCUGUGAGACCUGCGGCGCCUCCUUCGUCAGGGAUGACUCUCUGAGAUGCCACAAGAAGCAGCACAGUGACCAGAGCGAGAACAAGAACUCAGACUUGGUCACCUUCCCACCGGAAAGCGCUGCGUCGGGGCAGCUCAGCACCCUGGUCUCCGUGGGGCAGUUGGAGGCUCCCCUAGAGCCCAGCCAAGACCUCUAGCUCAGCCGAAGGGGGUCGUCAGGUGUCGGAACUUCUGAGCGGUGCUGUUGCCCAGCCCUCCAAAGGUGUGAAGCCAGUGAGACAGGUUUUGGGCACCCCUUGCGGGGCUGGCCGCUCCAACUUCACAGGCCUCCAGAGGCGAUGGCUGGGGCGACAGUGAUGAAAGCAAAACAGUGCUGUGGAGACACUUCUCGCAUUUGUCCCUUCCCUCCAAGGAUUAUCUGAGCAAGUCGACUUGGUCAUUCAAAGGAGGGGUCCACCGAUCCCUGCUCUAUCCCAUGGGGAUAGCUUCUACGUAAUGAAUUCCAAUUUUAAAACUGAUCCAUCUCUGAUGGAAUUAUUACACUAGUUAGACGAUAUAGAAAACUAAAACUAAUCUCUAUAGUGGGAAGGGUUAAGGUGAGGAAGGUGUACAUGAAGGGUCUGGGGUUGCUGGAAAACUUCUAUUUCAUAACCUGGGUGAUCGUUCUAAGUGUUUGCCUUAUGUUUGUGUGGUUUCUUUUACCUGUUGUCUUACAAUAAAAAAGGCAGACUCGUGGUA